AUGGCACCUUCCAUUUACAAAUUCGCCCUCCUGGGACUCCUCGCCGGACAAGCCGUCGGCCACACUUGGCUUGAGCAGCUCGUCGCGAUCGAUGAUCGUGGCAACUACGUUGGCGAUUAUGGCUAUCCUCGCGGCUACCACGCCCGCACUGAACCUAAGUUCGAUGGUCCCUUGAACCAGCACCUUCUUCCUCUGGCAUCAUCUGGCCGGAUCGCCAUCGACGAAACCGAUCUUCUCUGCCAUCCUUCGCAGAGGGAAAGGCAGCAGAUCAGCAACGAGUAUCCACGCCUCCAGGUUGCGCCUGGCUCUUAUGUCGCCAUGAAGUACACCGAGAACGGACAUGUCACCUUGCACACUAUCGGGCAUCCGUUCCCGCCCGACCCAAAAGCAGGCGGUACUGUAUUCGUUUAUGGCACACUCGAGCCGAAGGGUGAUGAGAAGAUCAUGGAUGUGCUCAAGUGGACUGCUGACGGCAGUGGUGGCGACAAGCGAGGCAAGCUCCUCGCCAUUCAAAACUACGACGAUGGCCGAUGCUACCAGCUCAACGGCAGCCCGGUAGCCGCCGAGCGCAGCAAGACUCAGGCAAAUCCGCUCCCUGGCCAACCUGGCUCUACUAGCGAGCAGUGGUGCGAGACCGACGUCCAAAUGCCCGAUGACCUCGAGAGUGGCCAGACUUACACCCUCUACUGGGUGUGGGACUGGCGCGCAAUCCCCGGCUUGGACCCGGGCAGACCGAACGGCAAGGAGGAGUACUACAUCACGUGCUCCGAUGUCGACGUCGUGAACGAGCCGCCCCGAGGCAAAGCCAACAACGCUCUCGUGCAGCAAGACCCGCAAACCGCCGCGGUCAAGAACUACAAGUCUCGCACCGCGGAGGUGUCUGCACCGACCAUUCCCGACGCCGCGCCUACGAACGGUCAGAAGUCACAGCCGGCUGCCUCCAGCACACCUGCUGGCUCAAGCACACCUGUUGCCUCAAGCACACCCGUCGGCUCAAGCACCUUCGCUCCCUCGAGCACAUCCGGAUUCCAGACCAGCGUCACUUCCGCCGCUGUUUCCCAACCGCCACCGACUGCAGCUCCCGCACAGCCUGACGGCAGGCCCGAUGGCCGACCCGACAACAGGCCUGAUGGCGGAUUCGAGCGCCGACCCGACGGUUUCAACGGUCGCGAGACAGUCGUCGAGACCGUCUACAUCACCGUCACAGGCCCCAGCAACGGCAGCUUCGUACGGCCCACCGCGCCCGUGGGAGCCAAGUUCCGGUACUAG